AUUGGAGAAAAACACAUUGAAUUGAGAGGGGGAGCUGCGAAGAUCAUCGUCAUCGGCCGAUUAUGAUCAUCUCGGCCGCCUCCUUCCCGAUAAUCGUCUGAAUCUAAACUCCGUUUCAGAUAAAAACCUCCCAAGAUUCUUAAUCGGAUUAAAAAAAAGAAAUGAUGGGAGGUGGGGAGGAUGUUGAAAUUUCAACUUUGAACUCUCAAUCAAGCCAAACACAAUCACUAUCAGAACAUGAGAUGGAGCACAAUAAUUAUCCAUUAGAUUUAUUGCAAGGACAACUUGGUGAGGUUACUUCAUGCACUCAUGAAUCUAGCGGAGAUUCUAAAACGGAAUUGGAGGUACUUUGGCGGAGAGUGAAAACAACGGCAUCUUUAUUGACGUAUUUGAAAUCGAAAGCAAGAAUAAUGACUAUUCCCAAUUUAGCCCUUACCUCCUGUGGCAUCACAUACUCAGAUGGGGCAGGUUUUGUUGAUAGAAACGGCACACCCAUGUCUAAUUGGUCAAGAAAUCUUGAUUUUUCCAAUGUUGACUGCCCAGAUGUCGAAACAUGGAUCGGUAUUAAUAACCAACAUGAUAAACAAGAUGGGGUUUACAUCAGUGAAGUGCUCAAUAGUGUGCAAAUGAUCACAGAUGUGAUGGAGUCUCUUCUCAAAAGGGUACUAAUGGCAGAAUCUGAAACUGCUAAUGAGAAACAUAAAGUAACGUUGAGUCAGGAAGAGAUCAUUAAGAAGGAAAUCCAGAUUGAGAGCAUGUCGGAGAAGUUAGAUGAGAUGGAUCGGUUUGCACUGGAUACAAACUGUAUCCUGAAUGAAAUGCGGCAGUGGGUUGACAAUUUGGUUGAAGAAACGUCUAGACAGAGGCAGCGUGCAACAGAGAAUGAAGAGGAGCUUAUUCGUGUUAAACGCGAUUUUGAAUCGUUAAAAUCCUAUGUUAGUAGUCUCAUCAGUGUGCGAGAAACGCUUGUUUCGUCAGAAAAGCAGUUUCAAACCAUCGAGAAGCUUUUUGAAAGGUUAGUUGUAAAGACGACACAACUAGAGACCGAAAAGAAGCAGAAAGAAGCGGAAGUCCAGAAACUUAUGGACGAAAAUAUGAGGUUGAAUGCUCUUCUUGACAAAAAAGAGGCCCAACUCGUGGCCAUGAGUGAACAAUGCAAGCUAAUGGCCCUCAAUGCUUCCGGCAUCUAACACCGUACACUUUUGUUGAGUUUUGCUGAAAAUAUGUAGUCGAAAACGCCAAUUUUUUGUGAAUUUUUUUUUUCCGUUAAUGUGAAGGGGAAUAUGUUGCAUUUGUAUUGAAAAUUGAAUCGAAUGGUAAAUCUGUUUCUUGUUUUCUUUGUGAAAGUAAAAUCAAGAAGAACAUG